CCUAACUUCGUAGUUGUGGGGUUUUUUUUGUUUAUCAACAAUUAUAAGUAGUUAUAUUUCUAGUCGUAUCAUAAACAAUACAAGAUGUAUUAAAAUGACUCUAUAUGUCACAAUAUAAAUCAUUUUCAUGGAUGAUACUAGAACAAGGAAGACUGAUAAUCAAUAAAAUGCCCAGAAUGUUAGAAAUAGUGUUUUUCUCCUUCAUUUGCGUAGGAUGCUCAGGAAAUUUUGUAUACACAGAGCCCGGAGAAGACAUUUGCUUCACAUUUUCGUUAGUAGAAACACAAGGUGUACAAUACAUCUCCAGAAAUGGCUUGAUAAUAUGUUUUUAUCUUUCUAACUCUGUUUACCGAAAUACAGGCGGAUGGAUUAAUAGAACAUUUAAUUGUAAUACAACGUCAGAACGGAUUUCUAUUUGUAUUAACGAUACACAAGAAGAAGAUGCCGGGCACUUCUCCUACAGAAUAGGCAUUACUGACUACAGAGAAAACUUUACACUAGCUAUUGCUGUCCCCCCUAAUGUCUUAUUACUUCGUGAUGUAUCCCCUGUAGAAAGUACAGAUAUAAAUGUGAGAUGUGUGUAUAUUGCUGGGAAACCUCCAGAAGCGAAAGUUUUCUGGUCCAGAAUAAGUGAUCUCAGUUUCAGACAGGAAGGAGGUACACUGAAACUUACAGACAUCAAGAGGAAUAUGUCAGAUACCUAUACUUGUACUGCAGAAAACACUUACUACUCUGGAAAGAAAGGACGUGACAGCCAGUCAAUGAAAGUGAACGUUUUAUACCCACCUUAUGUUUUACUCAUGGAAAACUUAACACUAGUUCAAGAGGGCUCUAAAAUGAAAAUAACUUGUAACUUUACUCCUGGAAACCCUAUCGAUACAGAGGUUUUCUGGACAAGGUCACUUGACAGCUUCCGGGAGAACGGAACGACACUAACAUUAACAGAUGUACAGCGUAACAGUGCUGACAACUAUACAUGUACUGCAGAGAAUACCUACCCAUCCGGAGCAAAAGGACGUCACAGUCAGACAGUCAGCAUUCAAGUAUUAUAUCCACCAGUCAAUGAACCAAUUAAAGACGUUUUUCCUGUAGAAGGCACGGAUCUAACGGUGGAGUGUAAGUUUAUACAUGGGAAUCCUAUUCAGACCGCGGUAUACUGGACCAGAUCACAGUCGGGUAUUUUUAGACAGAAUGGGACAACACUUAGCUUACCUAGUAUACAGAGAAAUGCUUCAGACACAUACACAUGUACAGUAGAAAACAACUACCCCCCGGGAUACAGAGGGAAUCAUAGCCAAUCCUUCAGAAUAAAGGUUCAAUAUGUUCCUGAUUUACAUAUUAGUCCAGGAAAAAUUUUAACAGCCAUGGCGGGACAAACAGUUGUCAUGAGAUGUUAUGUAGAUGACCCUGAAUUGACACUAUCAUAUACCUGGAGAAAAGACGGAAACUCGUCAGUAAUCAGUGUGAAUUCAUUUAUUGUUUUUGAACAAAUAGUUACAUCAGAUGAAGGGAAUUAUACAUGUACAGUCUCAAACAGAGCAGGAAAUAAUUCAGUUUUAGCCAGUGUAUCCGUACAAUUUACACCACUAGAGCCGACACAAGUGAUGGUUGUCUGUGGAGACAUUUAUGCUGACAUCAUGUGGACCUUUACUUCUGUGUCAUCUAACAAUCAGAGCUCCCUGGUACAAUUCUCACCUAAAUCUUCAUUCGUAAACACUACACAGGGAUUUCAGGAUACAACCAAGGCAGGAUUGUUUGCUUCCAGAGUUGGGAAUUUAGAACCAAGUACCACGUAUGAGUUCAGAAUUCUGACAAUCAACAAGCACGGGACAACAUACUCCAGAAUUUUUUUCUGCAUGACAAGAUCUGCUUCUUCAACGAAAUCUGAAGCGACAAUUCUCGGAGGCACCCUGGGAGCAUUUCUUGCCAUAGCCAUUGUUACUGUGUUGGUCCUCAUCGCUAUUUUGAUGAAAAGAAAGUUCAGUGGUGAUCAAAAGGAAGAAACAUCCCGUCAAGGACGCGACUAUGAGAUGCAAACUGUACAGAAACUGGAAGAGCAUAGCUAUCAAGGAUUUGAUACGAUUUGUACAGGAAGUACAGAAGUGAGUAAUAGUGCCGAAUAUUGUGAAGUCGUGCAAGCAUCUUCGCAAGAAGAACUCGGAGUAACUAGCAGAGCUGCAGAGAAGGAAGGAAAUACAGACACGUAUGAAAACUUCUGACGUCGUGUUCGACUUCAGUUAAGAAACUAACAAUCUACAUUUGACUUUUUAAAAUCUUUAACUUUAUUUUCCAUUGAUUCGAAAAUGUCCAAUGUUAUUACUUAAAUGAAUUCCAAAUUUAAUUGUCUCUUUCAGUGUCACUUUACAGUAGAGGAUAAAGUUUACUUCAAAUCAUUGUAUUUCAUAUUUAAAUCCUUUGUGGAGACAAUCGUAAAUUUACUAAUGUAAACUUAAUUGACGGACAGUUCCGUCUACCUGUUACAUAAGGCUCAACAGGGAAUGCUUACUC